CUAAUGAUUCCACUCUCGCGCAGCGGAGCGCCGACUGCCGAGACCUCCGCGCCACUUUCCACCUCCUCCCUCCGCACUGCGAUUCCGCGAGGUGACGGCUCUCCUGGCGGAAACUAACCUGCCCCGAAAACACCUGGAGGGAGCUUUUGGCCAGGGCACGGAGGCGUGUUUUGGAGAGACGCCUCAAGCAAUAAACAACAAAUGCUCGAGACCCGCGUCCGGUGCCCCCAGACCCGAUGGGGAGGGAGACAGGCAGAGCAGUGAUGGGACAGUUCUCGGGCGGAUGCUACCUGAGUUUUGCCACCCUCGCGCUCCUCGGUUCGCAGGUCCCGGCCACGUUAGCGAGAGGAGCUGCAAGUACGGUAGUCGUCCUCUCAGCAUCCUCUGCGUACGGCCCCAGCAACCUACACCAAGAAGAUAGCCCUGAAUGUUGCCUGAGAGACGAAACCCAGGACAAAAAAGGUGCCCGGGGUGAAGCCCUGCAGCAUGGCCAGUCUGGGACACUGCCCCACUUCCUGGAAGAGCCUGUCGACGCUUACAUCGUCAAGAGUAACCCCAUCAAGCUCCGGUGUCAAGCUCAGCCCGCUCUCCAAAUCUUCUUCAAGUGCAACGGCGAAUGGGUCCACCAGAGCCAGCACAUGUCUCAGGAGCACACCGACCUGGGGACAGGGCUGAAGAUCCGCGAGGUGAUGAUCAACGUGUCGCGUCAGCAGGUGGAGGACUUUCACGGCCCAGAGGAUUACUGGUGUCUGUGUGUCGCGUGGAGUCACCUGGGAACCUCCAAGAGCCGCAAGGCAACUGUCCGCAUCGCCUACCUGAGGAAGAACUUUGAGCAGGACCCCCAAGGCACUGAGGUGCCUCUGAAUGGCAUGAUUGUGUUGCACUGUCGUCCCCCAGAGGGAGUGCCUGUGGCUGAGGUGGAAUGGCUGAAAAACGAGGAGCCUCUAAACUCUGACGGUGUCAUCGAUACAAGAGGCGACCAUAAUCUCAUCAUCUCAGAGGCUCGCCUGUCCGAUUCUGGAAACUAUACCUGCGUUGCCAGCAACAUUGUGGCCAAAAGACGCAGUGCAACAGCCACCAUUGUAGUCUAUGUGAAUGGAGGGUGGUCAUCGUGGACAGACUGGUCCCCCUGUAAUGUACGCUGUGGUCGCGGUGUGCAGAAACGUUCUCGCACUUGCACAAAUCCUGCUCCUCUCAAUGGGGGAGCCUUUUGUGAAGGCAUGUCGGUGCAGAAAAGCACCUGCAACACACUGUGUCCAGUUGAUGGCGGCUGGGGAGAGUGGAGCCAGUGGUCAUUGUGUAGUUCAGACUGCGAGAGGCAGCGCAGCAGAGAGUGCACGGCUCCGGAGCCCAGACACGGAGGGCGGCUGUGUGACGGGGCGGCACUGGCGGCAGACAACUGCACCGGCGGCCUCUGCACACAGAAUCGAAAGUUGCUACAUGAUGCUAAGCCACAGGGUGUGGAGAACAGCAGUGACGUGGCCUUGUAUUCAGGCCUUGCUGCGGGGGUGGUGACAGUGGUGCUGCUGAUCAUCGCCGUCACUCUUUAUCGAAGAAGCCAGAGUGAGUACGGCGUGGACGUCAUCGACUCCUCCGCCCUCACUGGGGGCUUCCAGUCCUUCAGCUUUAAGACCUCUCGUCAAGCGAACCCGCUGCUUAUUAAUUCAUCCAUGCAACCCGAUCUGACAGUGUCACGUACCUACACCAGCCCCAUGUGUUUUCAGGACUCAAUUGACAAGGAGCUGAUGGCCGAGCGCUCGUUCCUUGAGCCGUUACCUGAUCUCAAGGCCAAAGGGGUGGCAGAGAGGGCAGAGUACCAUGUCAUGUCCCAGCCUCAGACAUUUCCAAGGGGCCUGGCUCCAGACUAUAGAGGAGUGGCAGUGGGGACGACGCUGGACAGAAGAAACAGAAACAUGUUCCAUCCGCAAGUCUCCCUGGCCCCCAGCAGGCCUCUCCACAAAGCAACUGCAGUGUUUGGUCACGCUGGAGGCCGGCUGGUGGUUCCUAACACAGGUAUCAGUCUGUUGGUGCCUCAUGGGGGGAUCGCAGAGGACACUACCUGGGAAAUGUACAUGAUCAUCAACCAGGAGGACAGCAGAACUCGGCACCAGAAACUGUUAAAACAACAGGAGCCAGACGACCUCACAAUGUGCGGCGUAGCAACGCUGCCCUCUCAUACUUUGUCUGAGGCGGGGCCAGAGAUCUUUUUGAGCCCUGCAGUCACGUAUGGACCACCAGGCCUUGACCUUUCCUGUCCCAUAGCCAUGACCAUAGCCCACUCUGGGGAGGUUGCUGCAGAUAAUUGGACCAUUCGGCUAAAGAGACAAAUGCAGGACAACAAGUGGGAGGAAGUGAUGUCUGUGGACGAGGAGAGCACAUCCUGCUACUGUCUGCUGGAGGCCCAGAGGUGCCAUGUGUUGUUGGAGCAUCCGGGUCGCUACGCCCUGGUGGGGGAGCCGCUGAACCAGGAGGUGGCCAAGCGGCUGAGGGUGGCCGUGUUCGGUAGUCCGGAUUCUAACAACUCUCUGGGCUUCACCCUCAGGGUUUACUGUGUGGACGACACGCCCCAUGCAUUUCAGGAGGUGGCAGUGGGCGAGCGCAGCAGGGGUGGGCGGCUGCUGGAGGAGCCUAAAAUGCUGCUGUUCAGGGGGAAUACUUUCAGCCUCCAGGUGUCCAUCCAGGACGUCCCCCAGCUACUCUGGAGCAUCAAGCCUUUCACCACCUGCCAGGAGUUCUCCUUUUCUCAGGUGUGGGCCAGUAACCAGCAUCCCCUGCAGUGUGCCUUCUCUCUGGAGCGAUACAGCCACUCCUCGUCUCAGCUCUCCUGCAAGAUUAGCGUGCGACAGGUCAAAGGCGAGGAGCAGAUACUCCAGGUCUAUACGUCUGUGGUGGAGAACGAAAAGGGAGUGGUUCCCUUUUUCACUCAGUCGGACUGUACCAUCACCUCUCAGACAGGGUCAAGAGCCUUUAAAAUCCCCCUGUCUAUCCGUCAGCGGAUCAGCGCCACCUUUGACACCGCUAAUGCCAAGGGGAAAGACUGGCAGCUCUUGGCUCAGAAGCUCCACAUAGACAGGAACCUGUGUUACUUUGCAUGUCAGGAGAGUCCAUCAUCAGUGAUUCUGAGUCUUUGGGAAGCCCAGCACCAGGACUCGGGGGACCUGGACUCUCUGGCCAGUGCCCUAGAGGAAAUCGGCAAGGUCCAGUCCCCAAGGACUGCCAAAAUUGACAGCAGCAGAGAAGAGCAGGACUCUGAAAUCACUAAACUUGGGUAGGGCAGGUCAACAGCAGAUCGAAUCACGAUGAACGUUUACUGCAUGAACAUGAACUGAUGAUCAGGUGUACUAGCUAACCUAUGGUGAGGAGAGGAGCUGCAAAGAGGACAGCAGGGAAACUCAGUUUGGGACUGUUGCUAAAGGAACAUCUCUGCUAAACAAAACGGCACAGACCCACGGGAAUCGUGGAACAACUGAGAGAGAGUGUAUCUGUGUUGCCGAGACGCACCAACAAAAACAUUUUGGAAAGAGGUGGAAGUAUCCCACAACAAUCUUAGUUUGAAAAAAAACAACUGCUUGACCCUUCGGAAGACAGAUUAGCUAACCUGUAUUAAAGGAUUAUGGGUAUCUGUGUGAAGAAGACUCUCCGUGUAGGAUGGAGUGCAUUUUAGACCGACUGCCAAUCAGGCUAGUGUUGUGACCUUCCCAGGAACGGAUGUGCUGGCACCUGCCAUCAAACAGUGUUCUGGGCUGUUAAAAUGUUUGGUGUAACGUCAUUAUGUUGUCACUCAUUUUCUAGAUCUCCUAAUGCUUCUUUUUCUUUUCUGCACUGUGUCUCUGCUGUUACUGCUGGAGUUAGAUGAAAAAACAAAAAGCAAGGAAUACUUGAUAUUAACUUUGUCAGAACAUCUUAUCCAUAGCUAUGGGGUCAGAGACACUGACAGCGAUUGUCCAUGCUGAUUAGCAUUUAAAAGGAUCUGGUGAUGUCCACAUGCUAAUUAAACAAACAUAAGGAUGUAUAAGAAAAGACUUUCUGAAGGCUCUUACAUUUACAUGAAUCUCAUAGAUAAUCAUUUUAACAAACACCCUCAUGCACACACUGAAGAACGUUUUCAACCCCCUUGGCACAACACAUUAUUAAAGGCUGCAGAGGAGGAUAACUUGCCCAGAUGAUCUGUGCUGUAUCUGGCAAUGUAGCCAAGGUUGCACCGCAUUCCCUAAUGCCAUAUCAAAUUCUGGUUCUUUCGGAGGAAAAUCUUUUAAUUAAGUAAUUUACUUAAAUCAUUUUCCUUUGUUUGUGAACAUAAAUUUUGACUUUUAAUGUGUGGCUUGACUGGAGCUGCCUUUCUUUUUUGGGGGGGGGUCACAGCUUGAAGCAAAUGCUCCGGCAUCAUUAUCUGGAGACACUUUGUGCAAGUAGAGGCUGGCUCUGCCUGUUAGAAGACAGAGGAGAGGGAGUGAGAGUUGAAGAAAAAUCCUGAUCCUGAUCAGGAAGAUCCCCACAUUCACUUGCUCCACCUUCCCCUAAACAUAAUAAAGUGAUUUUGUGUUGAA